AUGAAAUCGAACGUAUCUCCUGAGACGACGACUACGACGACGACAGCAAUAGCACAAGCACCAUCUGCAAGUGAUCUAACAUUAGUGGACUACUUUGUGCUUGUUGGACACGAUAAUAAUUCUUUGCUGCAGAUCGAAUCAGGGGGAACAAAUAACCCAGAUGCGACCGAGGUACUGUACAUCCCGCCUUUGGAAAGAUCUUACGUUGCUUCAAUUCUACACCAUUUUCCGGAAAGACGUAGCGCAUACUCGUUUCCUUCUGAAAUCGUCUCGUUAUGUAUGCCGAAAGGUUUGAAAUUUUAUACCCAGAAUGAUGUUCCAUCUCCAGCUACGCAUACAUUUGCGAAUAUUCGUGAAGACGGUUCACGUAUCAACGGUUGCGCCCUUAUUUAUCAUGAGAUGAAUGCUAAACUAUGUGAGCAGAUGUCGCAGCUGCAUACCGAACACGUACGAGCCUUAACAGCUCGCGAGAAAGCCAUUGAACGUGCGCACGUUCCUCCUGGAACAGUUUCUGGUGGUACACAUACUCUUCCUAGAGGAAGUCGUGAGAAUCGAGUAAAACGUACUUCAUACUACGACUCGGGUAAUUCUCGGUUAUAUGUGGCUAAAUGUAUCUGCAUUAUUAGUCGCAUCCCGUUUGUUUCUGCCGGUGAACAUCUAUUAACUGCAAUUCAUUCUUUAUUCACUUCAGAAGCACAACCUCCUCCACUUCCUUUGGAAAGUUAUAUCUACUGGAUUUUGAAUGAGGUCCCCCUUCCAGCUCCAGGUAGUACGCUAAAGAUAUGUUUAGAUCGUAUUGACAUUGUCUUGCAAAGACCAGGUCCUAAUGAGUUGCCUUUUUUCGAUCACGCUAUUAGUUCGUUGUUCGAUUUGCUUACUGUUGAUAAAUUUCUUCGACUUUUCACGUGUUUUCUUCUUGAACAUCAAACAUUACUGUGUUCGAGGAGUCUCCAACGUUUAAUGCUAGUAGCUGAGAGUAUGUGUUCUUUGGCAUUUCCAUUCCGUUGGCAACUUGCAUAUGUUCCAAUCUUACCCUACUCGCAAUUAAAGUUUAUGGAAGCACCGGUGCCUUUUGUUAUGGGUUUAUGUUACGAAGACGUCAUAUCGGAGCAGAUUUUCCAGGGCAAUAUGUGCGUCCUAGAUAUCGAUUCCGGUGUACUAAAUUUACCCGAAGAUGUACCAGCACUACCAGAUAGAGCUGAAUUUGCAAAAGAAGUUGCAAGUGUUCUUGUGAGAUAUGAAGAGCAGAGUGCAGUUUUGGACAGUGAAGUAGUGAGAAGACAAACCGGUAUUACAGAAAAAGAUGACUGGUAUAAAAAACGUAUGUCCCGUUCAUUUGAUGGCGAAACAUUACCAAAUUUGUUGGAGGAGGAUAAUUCUUCCAGACGGAUAAUGUCAAGAAAGGACCUUACUCCAUUGCCUUUCGAUGAUGUCUUGAAACAGAGUGAAGUUUUAGCAAGGGUUACUGCAAUUGCACAUCGUGCAGGCGUUAGCAUACCAUUUGAAAAUAUUCAGAAAGAAUUACAAUCCAAUGAUUUUUAUACGAAUUCGCGGGAUAUGAAAAUAAAUAAUGCUAUUCGUGAAGUGUUUAUCAACCGAUUUGCAUGGCUUCUUUAUUCCUAUGAACAUUUUGUUAUCAAUACUGCAUGUCAUGAUCUCGAAACAUAUUUUGCUAGUCGCGAAUCGGUUACCAAUUUUGAUAAAGCAGCCUUUCUUUCCGACCAGCCAAGUAAAAACCUACCAUUUUUGGCUGCAUUUUUAGAAACACAGAUGUUUACUUCAUUCAUUGAUGCGAAAAUUGUUUCGCAGUGGGAAGCAACGGCAGAUGAAAAUCUUCAAAUCUUUGAUUCUCGAAUACAGACAUUACGUAUGAAGUAUGGCCUUCAGAUGGUGCGUACUCCUACUUAUGAAAAGGCUCCGCCAUCUUUUGAUUCAGAAGGAACAAUAACCAAACGUGAAGAAGCACUCGAUUAUAUUGUUCCCUUACCGCAUGAACUUCCUGGCACAUUUGCAAAAGCUUAUGAUGGUACAUUUCCGGAACUUAAUGAAACUGUUUUGGAAGGUUCUUUUGUACGAAGUCCAGUGCCGUCACCAUGGAAGCAACGGCAUCGUAGAUUACGGCCAAAGUUGUUAGAGAGUAUUAUUGCGGAUGACAACACAUCAAAUAAACAGAACUCAUAUAAACCGGAUACACCAAGACAGAUAGCUCAUCAAAACUGGAAAUUUGUUGAACAGUUAUUGAAAGAAACUAAAAGUAAAACAAAGCGAAUGCUUGUGGAAAAAAUGGGCAGAGAAGCACUACAACUUGGACAUAGUGACGCUAUUGUUAAUGGCCUUGAAGAAAAUACUUUAGUUGCUUCAUUUUGUGAUUUAUUGGAACGAAUCUGGGCACAUGGUUCAUUGAACAAACAGGGCAAAUCGUCAUUAUGGGCUCAUAUUUUGCGUCAUCAAGAAAUUGAGAAAUUGGGGAUGCUGUCUCAAGGUCCAACGCGAAGAAAUUCAGCACUUACUCCAGGUGUAGUUGAGAUAGAGCAUGAGACACACGACGACCACGAAUACAUGAAGCAAGAAGAGAAGACAUUCGUAAAUGCCGUAGAUGAGGAUUCAAUUAACGAGCUUGCACAAAGUAUUCGUCAGCACUGCAUUGAUGAUCCUCAUGCGCCUGGCUGGUCUCUUCCAAUUCUUCGUGCUGCUAAUUUCAUUUGUGAUAAAUUGAGUUCAAGCGUGAACAACAACAACAUGGAAUAUUCGAACUGGAAAUCACCAGCUCGACCAACAUGCUUAUCGUCAAGUCCGAUUGUUUUUGGACGUUCUAGAUCACCGCAGAGGAUGCCGAGGAGAGGGGCUGUUUUGCAUAGAGCAAAUUCCUUUGGUGAAGAUAGUAUGUUACAAGAGGAAUAUAUUUCUUCAUCCUCAGUGUUUGCAUGUUUUACCUCCAAUCAUUAUACUGUAUUUGGCGAAGAUUUACGUAAAAGCAUCGAUUUUGCCCCAUACUGGACUACAGCUGGAACUAAUGUAGAUGAAAACGUAAUUGAUUCGUCACGUAAAAGUAGUUCGAGAACUGGUAGCCCUGAUAUUCGGCAGUCUCUUACACCACUACCUGUACAUAUUGCUUAUGAUUUGAAGAAUGUCUUGCGAAUGACAGACAUCAAAACCGAUAUUGGUUAUGCACGAGCCUUUGUUCGUCUCGCCUUAGAAAGGAAGCUUCUUCAUAAGCAUCUCAAAACCAUUCUUGGCGAUACAUAUCUCUUACAACAACUGUAUAAACGUUAUGCUUUUCUACGAUGCGACGAAGAAAAGGAACAAUUCCUGUAUCACGUACUAUCACUAAAUGCGGCUGAAUUUAGCUGUUUCACCAACUCUUUCAAGAAAACAAAAAUGCAGUAUCGUGUCUUGUUGGUUAGUCGCAGUUCUCGUUCAGUUAUUUCGUGGCCCGUGUCGAUUAUCAUCACGGGAUCGCUGUGCUCAACGACUCCAAUCGAACUAAAGCAAAGCAUACUCGAUUUCACAUUCGAUUAUAGAAAUCUUGGUAUACUAUCAACGUUAAGAAUUGGACAUGGUAAUUUAAAUGUUUCUAAUGGUGCAUCUCCGAAAUGGUUUCUUGAUUAUGUCUUAGUGCGGAAUGAAAUAACAGGACAAAGUUAUCGCUUUAACUGUGGGCGUUGGUUUGGUAAAGGAAUUGACGAUGGCUCCCUGGAAAGAUUACUUGUUGCCGAAAAAGAACCACAGAAUCCUCCUAACGAAAUACUAAUCGACGAAUAUUCUUCGGAACGUAUUAUUAAAGCUAACUUGAAGAGUCGAACUCCUCCGCGAUCUCGAUCACCAAGUACUAGUCGAUCUGAAACAUCAAGUCGUGUACAUUUGACAGAAAUUCAACAGCAGCUUGGAGAAGCAGUAAAUGCAUUAGUGAAAUACUUCUAUGCUAAUUCAGAAGGUUGUAGUCGCGGCGAAUUGACACAGCUGCUUUGUGCGCCAGGAAAAGGCUUUGUUAGUGUAAUGAUUGUCGUUUUCAUGUUUGGCCGUCAAGAUUCCAUAUGGUCUGCUCGUCUUUUUCGUUCAUACUAUCCAUGGGAUUACAUCGAGAAGGUUUGCAUCUGGUUUUGGGAUUUAAUGCAUAUGAAAGAUGUAAAAAGGCUAACCCGGGAACAACGUUCUCUUAUCACUCAGGCAUGCCGCCUUGUCCGUCGCAUUUCUUCUAAUACUUUUCUGGGGAAAGAUGGCAAAUUCCAACUAUUCAUUUUAAUUACUCUCCGCGAUCAUAUAUUAUCGGGAUUGUUACCGUUGAUGGCUUGGACUCCAAUAACAUCGCAGAUGUACGAAGAACCUUCUUUUUUGCGAACACCGCAGUAUUUAAAUUAUUUAUCAAAAUUGAUUAGUUCACUUAACGAAUUCCAAUUUGUUCUAGAAAAAUCACUCACAUAUGGAAUAGAAUAA